AUGCGGACCAGCAAGAAGAACGAGGACAGCGAAAACAAGAAGCACCGCUUCGUCGACAUCUCGCGCUCCGCUCUCUUCAUCCAGGCCCGCUUCCGCCACGCCAAGACGGUCUUCCGCGACUUUGGCCCAAGCGUUUUCUGCAACCGCAUGGGUGACCCGUGCGACCAUGGGGACAUCGUCUUUCUCUCGGAUCGCGCGGCCAAGUACAUCGUCCUGUCCGAGACGUCGUCCACGGGCCUCCUCUCCAAGUUUGUCGAGGGCUUCUGGGGCGUGAGCAAGCCGGAGGUUCUGAUCUCGGUCACCGGCGGCGCGCGCGACUUUGAGCUCUCGCCGCCGCUCGCACGUGCCUUCAAGAGCGGGCUCGUCGAGGCGGCGACGUCGUCGCGGGGGUGGAUCGUGACGGGCGGCACCGACACCGGCGUGAUGAAGCUCGUCGGGGACGCCUGCCUCGAGUCGCACCUCUCCGUGCCCGUCAUCGGCAUCGCGCCGUACGGCGCCACAAACGGCAACGACAAGCUGGCUGGCCAGUUCCGGCGCGUGAUGUACACCAACGUGCCCUCGCCCUCCAAGGACGGCGCACCGCUGAAUGGCGGGCACACUCACUUCCUCCUAGUCGACAGCGGGCUGGCGGGGCGCGGCGCGUGGGGAACAGAGAUCAAGCUGCGCUCGCGGCUGGAGAACUUCUACGUGGAGCGCAAGGGCGUCCCGAGGGUGGUCCUCGUGGUCAACGGCGGGCCGGGCACCAUGGAAACCGUCCUCGAGGCGGCUCGCGCCCCGUCCCCCAUCCGUCUCGCGGGACGCUAG